AUUGUACUUUCCAGCUGGUCUGGCUCCGGGGAAGGGAUCAACUGUAGAGGCGACCAAAUAUAGCACUUGUUUUCUUAUACACCCGGAGUAUUUUUAAGCAUAUUUUAUAAAUAUGCCAGUUUCUUGCAAUCAGUCUCUGGACGGCAGCUUUCCACCUUCACCUGUUGAGGACAGGGCUUUGAAUAGACUGUCCUGGAGCAGUCUGCUGCAUAAACUAGUGGAACUCAAGGGGAACCAAAGAGAACAGUGCAACUGGAGUGAAACUGGUUCUGUAGCGGACUUGUCUUUGUCUGACACUGACAGUAAUGACUGCUUCUAUCCUCUGGAGGAGUCUCUGGCCUCUGAAACUGUAGCUGCUAUCGCACAAAGCCUGAGUGAAGCGUCACAUUUAUUGGGCUGCACUAAACUCAUUGUGCCCGACUGUCUGAUGCACAACAUCGGCCAGGAGCUGGUCCACUUGGCCCUCAGUGAGCCGUGUGGCCUUAGAGGGGCACUGGUGGACCUGUGCGUGGACAGAGGGGACCAGAGCUCCUUAUGUAUAGUGGACCAAAUCGCAGUGGACUCUUAUGUGGUGCCCACCUUUCAGGUGACGCUGGUGUUGAGGCAGGAGUCGAGAGGACUAUGGCCCAAAGUCCAGAAGCUCUUAAAGGGAAGCCAGUCCCCACAAACCCCCACAAAACACAGGCCCAGCCUCAGACUGAGCCACAGCUUCAGAGCCAUCAAGAAGAAGCUGUACUGUUCAGGAGAGCUGCUCAUAGAGGAGUGCUGCUGACAGAGCACUAUAGUCCUGAUCACACCUGGACAAAAACUAUUAUGAAUGCACUAAUGUCAUUCACUUAAAAGUGUAUCUGAACUGUUACUACACACACUUACCUGCAAGGGACCCUCCUUGCUCUGACAGGAGCCAACAUAACAAAGACACUGUCUUCUCUGAGAAUGUGAAAUCCCAAUCAUGUGGAUGGCAUUGUAUUUGAUACUUAUAUAUGGUCACAUGUGAUCUGUAUAUUUGAUGCUUUUGAAAUAAAUUAUUUUUGUAUAAGAUGAAA